AUGAGCCUAAGCAAGUCCAAAAAGUUCACCAUCAGUCACAAAUCUUUCAACAAAAUCAGCAGCAAAAUCUGCAGACCUGGCAGAAAGCCAUCGGCGGGGGGGGAGGCAGGCGAACGUCAGCCGCAGCCGGCAAACCCGCAGACCCGACCCCAAAGCGGUGGCAGGGGCAACGUGGCCCGCGGCGGCCGCCUUGGAAUCAGCGGAACGGGCCGAGGGACAUGGAGCAGCACAGGCCGCGGCGGCAUCACUGGGAGAGGUACAGUCACCACCAGCGGCGGCGCGGCUACGCGAAGCACGUAUAUCUUGGUGAGCAGCUCCUCAACCCGAGGGCGGGGCCGGGGCCGGGGCCGGGCUCCUGGCCGCGGCCGCAGCACGAGCGCCCAUGCGCCCAUUCACCAUUCAUACGGGCUGGGCCAGGAGGCAUACGAGUAUGACGACCAGGGAUAUGAUCAGCAGGAUUAUGGCGGCGGUGAUGAUUAUGAUGGGGAAGCGCCUGCUGAUGACGACAAUGAUGACGGGUACGGCUGGCAGGACGAUGGGGGCGAUGGCGAGGAGUGCGACGAUAGCGAGGUGGCGGUUGAUACCGUCGGCGAUGGGAAAUUGUACGGCGCCCAAGCGCGACUGCAGUUUACACAGAACCAGCCAUCCGUGGUGCAGCGUAAGCAAGUGAACUUUCGAAGCCGCCUGGCGAUGAAAAUUCGCGACGCGCAGCGCAAUAAGCAGCCGCUGCCGCUGCCGGACCAGUUCCGCCCAGGCAGAAGCAGUCAAGACCCGGCAGCGGCCAACGCACGGCGACGGGCGGAGGCUGCCACGAUAGCGGAGCUACGGCAGACGAAGGCUCGUCUCGUUGCUGUCGCGGAGGAGAAGGAGGCGCAGGUGGCCAGGGCCGAGAACCUGGUGCGGGAGCUAACCCAGGUUUAUGCGGAGCUGACUGCCAAACCUGAUGCUUCAAGAGCUGCCGCCGCCGCAGCAGCAGCCGGUCCGGCUGGCUUCAGCUCUUUCCCCAGGCAACCUGGAGAGCAGAAUCAACCAUCGCAGCAAGAAAAGCACCCGGCGCAUAAAAAGCAGCAUCACCAGCACCCUCAGCAUCCGGAUAUCCCGCACCCCCAUCACGGAGCCGGAACCCAGUACACACUUCAUGCAGAGCCGGCGCCUUCUGUGCACCAAGACAGUUUCACCCCCGCGCGCCACCGCGCACAACUUCACACUAACACGGUGCCCCUUCAGCCAUCAGGCCCCGUCCCACACCAUCCGCAGCCGCCCCAUCCAGCUGGACAGUCCUACCCUGGCCAGCGCGACCUGCAUGCGCAACAGCGCUCUGAUGGAUUGCACAUAGCUCACGAGGGUGGGCCGCAGCCGCACAGCCUAAUAGGCAGCGGUGAUGGCACUGGCGACCGGGCCUCAGAGCAGACGGCUCCGUAUGGCUACAAGCAUCAAGGGACGCCGUACCGAAAUCAUGAGCGCGGCCAGAGUCCCGUUUGUGGCGUGCGGGUUCGUGAGCGGGAACCGAGCAGGGAUGGCCGCGGGCGGGAGCAGAGCCGGGACCGGCGGGAUGGCUACUAUCGCCGCAGCGACAGCCGAAGCCGGGCUCGACGCGCGGAUGACCGACCAGGGCGCAGCCGGAGCCGCAGCCGCGAGUGGCGUGACUCUUGGGAUAGCCGCCGCCGGAGCCGCAGCCGCAGCAGGGGACGCAGCCGCAGCAGGGGACGCAGCCGCGACCGCAGCCGUGAUCGCCGCGGCACUUACAGCCACGGCCAGACAAGCUACAGCCCCGCGCGAGACUGCAGGCCUGAGCCCCGCCCUAUUCCGCCAAUGCAGGAGGCGUCAUACGGUGCUGCUCCUAGGCAUUUAUGUCCCAGUAACGUUGCUCCUUCGUCGCGUGAGUGGCCGGGCUAUGGGUACGCUGCUGCUUCGGGCUAUGGAGCACCGCCACCACCUGGCGGGCCGCCUGCGGCUCAGGAGCCUUACGAUCAGGCGAGGCCACCGCCGCCGGGCCUACCGCAGUCCCAAUCCGACUACUAUGCGUCUGGCAGCCGUGCUUCAGCUCCAGCGCCCUGGUCUUCGCAGCCAUUGCCACCGCCACCUCCUUUACCGCAGCUUGCAGAGCGGGAUCAGCACGAUCGGCGUUAUGGCGGUCCUCCGGAACCAAGCAGGUCGGGUCAGCAACUCUCAGAUGCACGAGAAGGUGACUUCAGACGGCGCGAGCCACCCGCUAGCCCUAGCACGCGAGAUAGGGAGCGGGGCCGCGAGCGGCCGCCGGAUCGCCCCCGUGACUACGACCGGGACCGCGAUAGGGAGCGAGAGAGGGAGCGAGACAGGGAGCGAGAGAGGGAGCGAGACAGGGAGCGAGACAGGGAGCGAGAGAGGGAGCGAGACAGGGAGCGAGAGAGGGAGCGAGACAGGGAGCGAGAGAGGGAGCGAGAGAGGGAACGAGACUUGGCGAGGGAGCGAGAACGUGUGGCCUCCGCGGGCAGCACUCGUGAGAACGUACGGCGGUACGACAGGCUGGAGGCGCCACGCCGAGACGACAGCCGGUCCAAUGAGAUGCGGCGUGAGGGCAGUCGUACCAUGGAGGGUUCACGUCGGGCCCAGGAAGGUAAUUCAAGAGCCCCUGCAGAGCAUGAAGGAGUCGGUGCAGGCGCAGGGCCGGAUCGGGCUCCGACACAAAGUCGGGACCCGCGUCUGAGGCCAUGUACUCCGGAGCGCGAGCGAACAAAGAGUGAGAGCGAGCGGCCGCCUACUGUGGCCAUGGCCGCAGCCCAUUCGGCCGAUGUCCAGGCACCCCCGGCGGCAACGGCGGCGGGGCCUGAGGCGGCAGCGGCGCCAGCGCCGAUGGCUGUGUUGCCGGCUCCUGAGGCAACCGUGCCAACGCCAACGGCUGCACAAGGGAACCGAAUGCUUGGGGAGGGGAGUCGUAACAACGGCGCGCGGAGUGGAAAAUGCGCUGUGGACAACAAUGCUGGUGGCGGUGGCAGCGGCGCCAGUAACGGCAAUGGAGCCGGCGGUGGCGGUGCGCAGCCUUCUGAUGGGGGGUUUCCCGGCGGCAGUCCUGGUGGCGCUGUCGAGGACACCGAAGCACAGGAUAAUGCGGACGUAGCACAUGAUGGCGAGGUCUACGAGGAGGAAAUGGUUGACUACGACUUGCCGGAUGAGCUCGAGAUAGAUUAA